GGAUGUUAAGCAAAUACUCAAUUAGAUCAUUAACUCUAUUAAAAUUCCAAAGAUAUAGGUUUAGUUAAGUGAAUUAAAAACAAAAAACAGAGUAAGAGUAAGAUGAAUGGGAAGAAAGAACUCUUGAAGCUGAAGAAGCAAAUCCCAAAUUGGAAAAUAAAGAGAAAGCAUUCUCAUACUUUAGAUUAUUUUCAAGAAUAUUUUGGUGGACAAGUUCUGCUUUAUUUGGCUAUAAUUUAUAUCUAAAUAAUUAUAAAACUGAUCCAACAAAUGAAUUGGGUAUUAUUAAAAAAUAUGAUAUAGGCUAUUAGAAACAAAUAAAUGAUUUAGCAAAAUAUUGUCAAGAUUAAUAUUAAGCAUUUUAUGAUGUAAAAAUAGUUUAUUUAAAUAUUGUAGUUUAUGACUAAGCCAGCAAUUGAUAAAUUAUUGCCAGAUAUCCCUGAGUUACCUUUUGGAUAUGAAAUACCUAAAACAUUAGUACUUAAUGUAUCAGGUACUUUAUUGCAUAUGGAUUACGUUUUUGGUGUAGGGUAAUACAUUUAAAAAUUAAUUAUUAUUAGAGGAGAAAUCAAAAGAAGAAAUGGUUUAUAAAGAUUCCUUGAUAAAUUACCUAAAAUGUAUGAGGUUGUAAUUUUAAGUGAUGAUGAAACUAUGGUAUUUUUAAUCAAUAUACAGUUUACUUAACAAAUUACUCAAAAAUUAGAUCCUACAAGACAAAUCUUUGCUGGUGCUUUUGGCAGAGAAUCAAUGGUAUUUGAAAAAGGAAGAUAUAUCAGAGACUUAAAAUAUCUUAAUCGUCCUCUUAAUAGAGUUGUAGUUGUUGAUUCUGAUCCUGAAAGAAUGUACUAAUAUUAAGACAAUGGUAUCUUCAUUAAACCUUAUGAUGGACAAUAAAAUGAUGAAGUCUUAAAAGAUGUUCUUUUACUCCUUGAACGUAAUCCAUUAUAUUUUUAAUACAGAUCUCUCUAAACCUCAAAUCAAAGAUGUUAGAGCAGAACUUAGGAAAUUUGGAAACUUUGAUCCACAAGUUAAAUACUUAGAAGAAGUUAAAGCUAGAGAAAUUAACAUUAAAUAAACUAUGAAUAAAGGUCUCUUUGGAAUCAUCAAUCAAAGAAAAAAUCCUUAAUUUGAAUAAUCUAGAAGACACUGA